AUGUUUAAAAAUCGAGACACCUUGGCGAUGGUUGUUUGUUUGGCAGUACAACCACAACACAUUCUGUUUGACAGUCUGGCUUCACUUAUUCACUACUAGAAUUUACAAGAUGGUUACCCACGAGCACGUCCGAAAUAUCUUCGCGGGCCCCAGCAAGGGCGACAUGGCCAGCUUCUGGCCCCACGUCGAGCCCAACGUCGACUGGACCGUAAAAGGCACCCACUGCAAGGUCUCUGGCCACUACAGGUCCAUUGAGGAAUUCCAACAGGGGACAAGGGCUUUGUCAUCUACUUGGGCAGGCCCCCUGCAUCUUGUCGUUCAAAACAUUAUCAUUGAGGGAAACCAAGCUGCCGUGGAGCUUAAGGCCGUCAAUACUAAGACUAAGAGCGGCGAUCCCUUCCCAAAUGAAUAUACCUGGGUGCUGGGCUUUAGCGACAACGGCAAGAUCGCAACAGUGAGGGCGUACAUGGACACUGACCUUGUUACUCGUGUUAUUGAAAAGAACCCUCAGUAGAGCAUAGAUAUUUUCAGUACUGCUAGCUAGAGAAGAACAGUCUUGUUCUUUGUUUGCAAAGCUAUAAUAGUUCACGUUCUUUGCAAACCGCAAGUUGUAAAGAAAAUAGACUUUUU